CGCGCCCGGAGCCUGCAUGGGGCGGCGGCUCUGAGCCCUGCCGCCCCACUGCCGCCGCCGUCGCGCUCCUGCCCCGGCCCCGCCAUGGCCGAGGCACCGCAGCUGGUGGACAUCGACCCCGACUUCGAGCCGCUGCCGCGGCCACGCUCCUGCACCUGGCCCCUGCCGCGGCCGGAGUUCAACCCGCCCAGCUCGGCCACCUCCAGCCCGGCGCCGUCGUGCGGCGGGCAGCCCGAUGGGGCGGCCGGGGCCGCGGCUGGUGCCGCCGCCUCGGGAGCGCUCGGCGCCGACUUCAUCAGCAACCUCAGCUUGCUAGAGGAGAACGAGGACUUCGCACCGCUGCCCCCGGCCGCCGCCCCCCCGGAGGCGGCCGCCUGCCGCUGCGGGGACUUCCCAGCGCCCGAGGCCGGCUGCCGCCUUCACCCGCCGGGACCGCCGCCGGUGCCGCCGGUGCCGCCAUCCGUAGCAGGUCUGUCGUCGGGCCCCGUGGCCGGGCAGCCCCGCAAGAGCAGCUCGUCGCGCCGCAACGCCUGGGGCAACCUGUCCUACGCGGACCUCAUCACCAAGGCCAUCGAGAGCUCCCCCGAGAAGCGGCUCACCCUCUCCCAGAUCUACGAGUGGAUGGUCAAGAGUGUCCCUUACUUCAAGGAUAAGGGCGACAGCAACAGCUCUGCCGGCUGGAAGAAUUCAAUCCGUCACAACCUGUCUCUGCACAGCAAGUUCAUCAGAGUGCAGAAUGAAGGAACAGGGAAGAGUUCCUGGUGGAUGCUCAAUCCUGAAGGAGGAAAGAGUGGCAAGUCUCCUAGGAGGAGAGCGGCGUCCAUGGAUAACAACAGCAAGUUUGCCAAAAGCAGAGGCAGAGCUGCCAAGAAAAAAGCAUCCCUUCAGUCUGGUCAAGAGGGAAAUGGUGACAGCCCUGGAUCGCAGUUCUCGAAGUGGCCUGCAAGCCCCAGCUCUCACAGUAACGAUGACUUUGAUAACUGGAGUACAUUUCGACCUAGAACUAGCUCUAAUGCUAGUACGAUUAGUGGAAGACUUUCUCCUAUUUUGCCAGAACAAGAUGACCUUGGAGAUGGGGAUGUGCACUCCAUGGUAUACCCGUCAUCAGCCACCAAAAUGACUUCUACUCUACCCAGCCUUUCAGAGAUGAGUAAUUCUGAGAACAUGGAAAAUCUUUUGGAUAACCUUAAUCUCUUGUCACCUAAUACGUCAAUGACUGUGUCAACCCAGUCUUCAUCUGCUACCCUGAUGCAGCAAACACCAGGUUACUCUUUCGCAUCCUCAACCACAAGUAUAGGUUCACCAAAUCCAGACUACAGGAAAUUCACGUAUGCUCAAGCUAGCAUGAACUCUUUGCCCCAGAUUCCUAUGCAGACUCUUCAAGACAGUAAAUCAAGCUAUGGAUCGAUGAGCCAAUUUAACUGUCCCGCAGGGCUUCUGAAGGAGCUGCUGACUUCCGAUUCUCCACCGCACAAUGAUAUCUUGGCAUCGGUAGACACUGGUGUUUCCCAGGCUGGUGGCAGGGGGCUGGGCCAAAAUGUGCUGAUGGUUGCUAACUCGGUGAUGCCAACUUAUGGCAGUCAACCACCCCACAACAAAAUGAUGAACCCUAACACCCGCCCUCACCAAGGACAUAACCAGCCAGCACCUGCAGUUAAUGGUCGUGCCUUGUCACACACAGUGAACACCAUGUCACAUACAUCAGGUCUAAAUCGCUUGUCGACGGUGAAGACGUUACAAGUGCCUAUGAGUCACUCGAUGCAGAUGAAUGCUAUGAACCCGUACGCCCCUGUUAACAGUUGCAAUGGCUACGGAAGGGUGGGAAUUGUUUCCCUCCACCAGGAGAAGCUUCCCAGUGACUUAGAUGACAUGUUAAUUGAACGGUUGGACUGUGACAUGGAGUCGAUUAUCCGUAAUGACCUUAUGGAUGGAGAAACAUUAGAUUUUAACUUUGACAAUGUAUUGCCUAACCAAAGUUUUCAGCACAGUGUAAAGACAACCACACACAGUUGGGUGUCAGGCUAGGAUGUUAGUAGGAGGUAAGCUGUGCUUUUUAUAAUAAAUCUGAAAACCGCUAAAGCAAAAAGAAAUGUCAAAAUGCAUAAAAUCAGGGUGGUCUUCUGUGUUGGCAUGUGAAGUGCCUCUAUUAGUCAGUCAUUUUCCAGCCCUUUGUUGGUUUGCACUGGUGCAUUAGGAUUGCCAUGUACCAACUGCUGUUACUUCAUGUGGAGCACUAAUGUUUUGCCAUUAAUACUUUAAACAAA